AUGGAGGAAUCCUCAACAACCAUGUGGCUAGGGAGCGAGCCAUCCAACCGGGAGACUAACUCUCAACCAGCACGUACAGCCGACACAAUCAAAGCUUGUACGCCUGAAAUACCAGUCCUACGCGCGCAGACUACCCCAAAUCCAGGGUCCACAGCAACAUCCCCUCACGGAUGUCCUGAGUUCUAA